AUGAAGAAGGCAGACCCGGCUUCCAGGGUGACAGCAGCUCUAGACCUCUUUGGUGCAGAGGAGCGUGUCACCGUGAGCGAGACACAGCGGCAAGGCCUCAAGGGCCCCAAGACAAAAUUCAUGGAACUAUCUGUCUUUGUCCGCAAAUUUGGCCAACCUGCUGCUGAGCGGGUCAAGACAAAGCUGUUCAAGGGAAAGCAGAUCACUGGCGUUGAUGUUAUCAACAGCGAGGACGAGGGAGUGUAUGAGUACAUCGACGAAGACACGACCAGUGUGGACCGACAAACUCUACUCAACACACCAGAUGUAGUCUUGUCGGCCAACCAGAAUGACACCAUUCACAGUGCUGCUAUACGUCAACUUGGCAGGGUAUGUGAUGCAUCACGCGCAGUCACUCUGAGGGGAGGAUCCGCUGGCUCAUCCACUGAUGUAUUUGUGGAUGGGGAUGCUCUUUUGGAGACUUCCACCGACACACCAAAGCCAUCAGAUGCCAAUGAGGAGGAGGGCGAGCCAGAGGAUGAAGCCGAUCAUACUAACCCCUUCAUGAAACUCCUUGCGCGGAUUGGCCCUGUGAAGAAAAGGAAGGCUGCCGAUGGUCCUACUACACAGGUUCCCAAAGAGGCCAAGAACAAUAAGAGGCAUCGAGAAGAAAAGUUCAGGAAGAGGCGGGCGGCUCCCGAUGAGAAGCCGCAGCCUACAGAGCCGGUGACGCCAACUCCGCCUACAGUUCCAAAAGAGGAUCAAGAAUUGCUUGAGUCUUACAUGGCACAGUUGGAGGAUCUACAGAAGCUUGAUGCAUCAUCAUCGGCCGAUACAUCCUUCAAUCCUUGGGCAAAGACCAGACAAAGCAAGCUGAACGAACUUAAAUCAGGACAGUGUGCGUGUGUGUGUGUUAUAUAUUAA